AUGGGUCGGGAGCCGAUCGCAUCAUGUCGUACAUAUAAGUUAAUAAUAGAAAAUAAAAAAACCGACGCCGUCACUAAUAAAGACAAAGAAGCGGCAUGGAAUGCAAUUGCGCAGACUUUUAAUGCUGCCUCUAGUGCUUCAAAGGUCAGGGCAGCGAAGACCUUGAAGCUCAAGUAUGAGGGAAUAAAAAAAUCCGCCAAGAAGAAAAUGACCGCGCACAGGCAGGAGUUGUACCGGACAGGCGGCGGGCCUUCUACAGCUCCUUCCAUUGGCGUGAUAGAAGAUAAAGUUCUCUCGAUAUGUGCUAAUAUAUCUGGGUUAGAUGCUCGGAAUGACAGCGAUAACUUUUUAGAUAUACCUGAUGCAUCAGUUGCCACAGAAACUGUUGAGGAGAUUUUAAAUGUAACCAAUGUGGCUGAUUUGAUGUUUGAGACAACAGCUACUCUACCAGAUCAAGAAGCAGUUGAGACACCCAUCAUGAUGGAGUUAGAAUUUACCGAUGGGGAUGAUAACCAUGACAAAGAAAACAUCAGAGAUGAUUUAGAUUUAAACAGCACUUUUAAAAGUGAAACUUUAAAAGAUUCACAAAAAAAAUGGGCAUCGUGGAACCCUAAGGCGCUGAAGACAAAAGUUUCACAGGCACUAAAACCGUCUAAAGCCAGUGUAACAACCAAAUUGGACCAGCUAGGUGCGGAACGGCUGGAGCUGGUACAUUUACAAAAGGAGGUUGUGCGAAACCAACUCUGCUACCAAUUAGAGGAGCAUCAAUUAAAGAUGCAAAAUCUAAGAGCAGAAGAAGAAAGAAAGUUAGAAUUGCAUCAACUAAUGGUUGAUACUAUGAAAAGGAAAUAAA